UGUGCCGUUAUAAAGAUAGCAAUUCCUCCAUCACGUCUUGGACGCGAAACAGCUGAUUCAUUAAUGACGAGCUGAGUCCCACCCAACGCUUUUGACAGCUGGUUGGCAAAGCUGGUGGCGAACACUUGCAAUGUAUAACUGGUGCUGUGUAUAAGGUUUUAGUCACAGCUUCAUAUAUUUUGCAUUGAAGAUGUUGGAUGGACGCAACUGGGUUAUUGACGGUGGCCUGGGUUAUGGCUUGGAAGAAUCAGGCUUUAAAAUUGAUAAGGAUCCUUUGUGGAGUGCUCGUCUCCUUGCUACGAACCCAAAUGCUAUCAAAGCGGUACAUAAGUCAUAUCUAGAAGCUGGUGCUGAGAUUAUAAUAACUUCAAGCUACCAAGCAAGUAUCCAGGGGUUGUGUAGCCACCUGAAAAUAGACGAAAAGGCGGCACUGGAACACAUGGAAUGUAGCGUGUAUUUAGCGAAGGAUGCAAUCAAAGAAUAUAGUGACUCUGGAUGUGGGGAAGGUAAACAGUAUUUGAUUGCUGGGUCAGUCGGACCUUAUGGAGCAUGCCAGGCAAAUAUGUCCGAGUAUCAUGAAUAUGUCAACAACAUGUCCAACAAAGAAUUAAUGCAGUGGCACAGACCUCGAAUGGAAGCUUUAAUAAAUGCUGGAGCUGACUUCUUAGCUGUUGAAACCAUCCCAUCUCUGAAGGAGGCCCUAGCAAUAGUGUCACUUCUAAAAAGUUUUCCAAACACAAAAGCUUGGAUUUCAUUUUCUUGUAAAGACGGGCAUCACACCAACUACGGAGAUGACUUUAGUGAAGCCGUAAAGCAGUGCUAUGAGGAGAGUGGUGAACAAUUAAUUGGAAUAGGAGUUAACUGUACACACCCAGAACAUAUUGCUUCACUUUUAGAGCAAGCAAAUCUUUCUUUGCCUCCACCAGCCGAGCUACCUCGAGUGGUCUAUCCUAAUCAUGGUGAGAGGUGGAUUCCUGAUAAAGGGUGGGAUGGUAGAGAGCAAGAGUGGCCAUUUACUAAAGAAAUUCCAAAAUGGGCAGCCCUUGGAGCUUCAGUCAUAGGAGGGUGUUGUGGAUUAGGUCCCAGUGACAUGAAAAUCAUUGCUUCAUUGGUCUCAUCAUUGCCAUUUUCACAUAAGUGAUAUUAUUUUUUAAGUACCUAUAUAAUUAAAUCUUAGCACAAAUUGUUA